CGUGCCCCCUCUGGGGGCGGGGCCUCUCUCGCGUCCGCGCGGGCGGCCAUGAAGCCGGCGCGCGCCGCCGUGUGGAACGCCCGGGCCGCGCUGCUCUACUCGCUGGGCGCCUGGACCACGCUGGGCGGCCUCAUCUACUACAGCCGCCUGGAGAAAGGCAGCACCGGCACCGGCUCCGAGAAUGAAAAUGAUCCUGAGGCAAACCAAGGGCCCCGCAAGGAAGUACACACUAAGGAAUAUCCUUUUGGAUUGACAGUGACAACAGAAAUAACAUACAAAGAGGUUCAGCCUCCUCUUACUCGGCUGCUCAGGCGUGUGGUAUCAUUCUUUGUUCCUAAUGGUGACCCUCCUUCUGAAAAGUGAGCUGUGCAGAAGCUCGGAACGCUGUGCUGGACCUCUGAGAACAUCAUCCCAGAGCACUGCUGGAACACUGUCCCUUGCAUUGCUGGAGCUGCUUUCCCAGCAGGACAAACCCAGGCCAUCCAGGCUGUACCUGGGAUGGCUCCUCAGCUCUGAAAUGGAUACUUCAGGAAUGAUGAGUAAAUGGCGAGGAAUGUAGUUUAAUGUUUUGGAGCUCUUAAUGGUCCUUCAAAUAAAAGCUCGAGAGAUGA